AUGGAGCUUCGUGUCGGUAAUAAAUACCGACUGGGUCGUAAAAUUGGCUCUGGAUCUUUUGGAGAUAUAUAUUUAGGAACAAACAUUGUGACCAGGGAGGAGGUUGCUAUUAAACUAGAAUGUAUCAAAACACGACAUCCACAGUUACACAUAGAGAGCAAAUUUUAUAAACUUAUGCAAGGGGGAGUUGGCAUUCCUGCAAUAAAAUGGUGUGGUUCAGAAGGUGAUUACAAUGUCUUAGUUAUGGAGUUACUGGGUCCUUCUUUAGAGGAUUUGUUUAAUUUUUGUUCACGUCGUUUCUCUCUCAAGACUGUCCUCCUACUAGCAGAUCAACUCAUCACUCGCAUUGAGGAUAUACAUUACAGGAAUUUCAUUCAUAGAGAUAUAAAGCCUGAUAAUUUUCUCAUGGGCCUAGGUAAAAAAGGAAAUUUAGUGUACAUAAUAGAUUUUGGUUUAGCAAAGAAGUACAAAGAUUCGCGGACUCUUCAACAUAUCCCAUACAGAGAAAACAAAAAUCUAACAGGAACAGCAAGAUAUGCAUCAAUAAACACGCAUUUAGGAAUCGAACAAUCACGUCGUGAUGAUUUGGAGUCGCUGGGUUAUGUCCUCAUGUACUUUAAUCGCGGAAGUCUGCCUUGGCAAGGACUGAAAGCUGCUACUAAGCGGCAGAAGUAUGAAAGAAUAUCUGAAAAGAAAUUGUCCACUCCAUUUGAUGAAUUAUGUAAAAACCAUCCAAUGGAGUUCCAAUUAUACUUGAAAUAUUGUCGACGGCUCCGUUUCGAGGAGAGACCAGAUUACAGCCACCUACGUCAGUUGUUCCGCACUCUGUUUCAUCGACAAGGAUUUACAUAUGACUAUGUAUUUGAUUGGAAUAUGCUCAAAUUCGGCCCACGGAGCAACUAUUUGGCUAGUAAUGACCGUACACUCAGACGUCAUGAGCAAAAUCAGGAACCAGAAACCACAGCGGGCGCGGCCGGACAACCGAGCACCACAGUGGCCGCCAUAUCAGAAUGGCGGUGA